AGGAGAAACAAGUUGUACGCCACGCCGCAGCCGCACAAGACUUGAUCCUCUUCUUCUUCUUCUUCUUCCUCCAGGCUCCAGUGGCGAUGGCGACCAUGCUCUGCUCCUUCACGCCCGCCACCAGGGCUCCGCUCCUUCGCACUUCCUCCUCCUCUUCCUCUCUCGGCUUCGCCACCUCGCAACUCGCCGGCCUCAGCCUCGGCCUCUCCGCCGCAGCCACCACCGCGCCCUCCGCCGCCGGUCCCAAGCUCCACCCCAUCCUCGCGCGCCGGAUAUGCCCCUUCACGGACAAGAAGACCAACAGGGCGAACAAGGUGUCCUUCUCAAACCACAAGACGAAGAAGCAGCAGUUUGUGAACCUGCAGUACAAGAAGCUGUGGUGGGAGGAAGGCAAGCGCUUCGUCAAGCUGCGUCUCUCCACCAAAGCCCUCAAGACCAUCGAGAAGCAUGGCCUCGACGCCGUCGCCAAAAAGGCCGGCAUCGACCUCAACAAGAAAUAAAUCAAAUCAUCAUCAUCAUGAUGCAUACAUACAUGUAUUCUCUCAUCAAUUGCCGCUGUGCUGAAUAGACCAGAGCUGUAUGUAGUCCAUUAUUAAAUCCAUUCAUCUCGAUGAUGCAAUUUAUUGUAGAGUACUACAGUAUGCAUUCAUCGGUGGUGGUGGCCGGCUUCGUUUCCUUAAAUUUCCUUUUAUCCCGUGUUGCUGCUGCAAGUCCGGCUCGAAUUGUUUGCUACUAGUGUUUCAUUUCGGUCGAGUUCCUAAUUAAUACUGUAUGUUGGUUACGAAUUAUAAGAUGGAUGGAUGUAACUUGAGCAGCAUCAGGUCGUGCA